AUGAUUGCAGCAGACAUACUCACCUUCGGCGACUCCAUCCGUCAAGGUUUGGAGACAUUGAUGCCAAGGUUGACGCUGAUGAAAACCAUGAGACUCCGGGUUCGAGGUGGUGGCAAGGACCCCGAGGCCCCAGGCCGGCACAGGCACAAGGUGGCACGGGACUAUGACAAUCCAACCCUGAUCAAGACGACUCAUCGGGCGUAA